GAGCUCAUUGGUGCAGCAGAUGGAGGGCAGAUCUCUCUGGAUUGGUUCGACAACGAUGACAGCGCUUCCCACCCCAACUCGGCCACGCGGCCCACCGUCCUCCUGCUGCCUGGCCUGACCGGCACCAGCAGAGAGUCCUACAUCCUCCACAUGGUCCAGCAGAGCAAGGAGCUGGGAUAUAGGUGGGUGGUCCUGGCUUGAAGUACUAGACAGUACUGCACAGUUUUCAUUAAUUCAAACUAUCGUUCCAUUCAAUACUGUGGAUUAGGCCUAUAUCUUAGCCUGUAGGACUAUUUUAAAAACUGUGUACAGUCAACUCUUGAUAACAUGCUCAUCUGUUUCAGUGCAUUGCAGUUCAGUAUUCCAAAUUCAAAUACAUUAUCUUUGCAGUGAACAUACUGUAUGUCAGGAGUUGACAAUACUUACAAACGCAUUUGUACAUUGUGUUAUAAAAACUGUGUAUGAAUGGAUUAGGGUUACUUGAGGUAGGCAGCUGCAACAAUAUAGAGGCUAGCCAAGCUCUUAGUAGGCAGAGCAGAGCUGCUUUGGAAAGAAAGAGCUGAACGUUGCACAAGCACUAAGAGAUGCCGAGUGAGGCAGUUUCUUCUCCUCCAAAAGGCCCCUCUGUGUUCUCUGUACUCAUUCUUUGAAACGAAGGAAGCAGUUUAGAGAAGGUAAGGGAGGGGGGCAGGCAAGCAAACGGAGCAGGGAAGGGAGGGUAGCAUGCAAGCCGGCCCUCGCCCCUGUCCUGCUAGCUUAAUGAAUUACAGCUUAUUGGUACAAGCUUUGCAGCUUAGUUUAGCCCAACCAGCUUCCCCUAUGCAGCAGGAAGCAAAUGUACGUCACCACUCCUUUCCCUGUCCACCCCCCAAUCUACAGUAUGGCCCCACCCUGCUGCUGAAUUUGACAGAUAGAAACAGCAAGUCUGAGUCUCUCAGAUAACAGAUGAGUAGAGAGAUGUCUGCUACUGCUGUUCAGUACUAAUAGAAAAACAGAUUGGGGGCAGCGUGUUCUUUUGAGUCAUGCAGUGCACCUGGAAGUUAAAACAUAGUUAUCACACAUAGUCUGCUGGUACUCGCUUACAUUUAGGAACGUAAUCAUAUUAGCAAUAAUCUUGUCAUUUCUCAAAUGGUGAAACUAGUGUCACUUCUCAAGAAAUGUAAGGAAUGCAACGAAAGAAAUGGAAUGAAUGGAAUUCAAAGGGUAAAGUGCAUGUUUUUGUGUUUCAGGUGUGCGGUAUUCAACAACAGAGGGGUGUCUGGCGAAACUCUCUUGGUAAGAAUCUAAUAUUCAUACAAAGUACAGUUUACAUGGAUUCGUGCAUGUAUGCCUUUUAUGUUUUAAAUUCAGACAUGCAUUCAAAAAACAUAACAGUUUGCAACGACUAUAUUACUCUGUACAAUCAAAAGGUAUCUACACAAUAUGCAAACACUCACAACAUGACAAAGACAUAGGCCCUACAUCCUUGUGGUAUUCCACAUGCCUGUGCAUGCUUUCCCCUGCAUUGUCAUUGGUGCUAUUUAUCAGUGUGACGUCCCCUUCACUAUGUCACCCAGCAACCCAUAACAUGUCUGUGUCAUGUGUAACCCAUAGUGUGUAACCCAUAGUGUAGUGUGUAACCCAUAGGGAGCCUAGUCCAGACAGGGUGCAGACAGACUAUGUUGUUACAUAGCAGGGAUUCAGUUACAGGUGGAUAAAUAGUGUAUUCUAGCACUGAACCACAGAGCAGAAUGACUUUACCCUGUCCUGUCUUCAUCAAUCACAUGCUGUUCUGACACCCACUGUAGCUUCAUCUAUGAAUCUAUGGCCCGUUGCAGAUCUAUUUAGCCAACAAUUAGGUCUUUACUCUGCUGUCAAUCUCAGUUGAAGUGAGGAAGUGCUAUGAUGCUAUUCAAGAGAUGCUAAUUCGUUGGGAAAUGUGCAUACAUUAUAUUAGGUAUCAGUGUCACCCAAACAGCUCAGCCAAUCGAUAAAUGGAACCUUGUAUCAUACCAUAGUUAAUGGCCACAAUUCGUCCAAUGUCCUUUUUGAGAUCUGUGCUCUCAGAAUAAAUAAAUGCUUUGUUUUGUGGCAUGUCGUAGUUGUAUUCACAUGCACAGUCACAUAGACACACACACACACACACAAGCAUGAACACACACAAACACAUGCACGCAAGCACAAACACACACACACACAUGAACACACACACACCAGUUACUGUAUCUUAUAACCCAGGCCAGGGUUUCAACUGAAAGGGCUAUUCUCAGUUGCCAAACUGGGCCGAUAUUGUAGUGCACACACAGAAUUAGGAAUUAGAGCACUAGUAAUUUAAUAGGAUCUCUAUGAGUGCACAUGUGAAAAAAAUUGAACAAACGUCAUGUGUUGUCUGCAUGGUGAGAUAGGAAGUACUGUAAUGGCAGGUCCUUAAUCCAUUUCCAGUAUUUUGUAUGUACAGGUAUAUACAGUGCCUUCGGAAAGUAUUCAGACCCCUUGACUUUUUCCACAAUUUGUUACAUUACAGCUUUAUUCUAAAAUGGAUUUAAAUUAAAACAAGUCCUCAGCAAUCUACACACAAUACCCCAUAAUGACAAACGAAAACAGGUUUUUAGAAAUGUUUUGCAAAUUUAUUAAAAAGAAAAACAGAAAUACCUUAUUUACAUAAGUACUCAGACCCUUUGCUAUGAGACUCGAAAUUGAGCUCAGGUGCAUCCUGUUUCCACUGAUCAUCCUUGAGAUGUUUCUACAACUUGAGUGGAGUCCACCUGUGGUAAAUUCAAUUGAUUGGACAUGAUUUGGAAAGGCACACACCUGUCUAUAUAAGGUCCCACAGUUGACAGUACAUGUCAGAGCAAAAACCAAGCCAUGAGGUCGAAGGAAUUGUCCGUAGAGCUCAGAGACAGGAUUGUGUCGAGGCACAGAUCUGGGGAAGGGUACCAAAACAUUUCUGCAGCAUUGAAGGUCCCCAAGAACACAGUGGCCUCAAUCAUUCUUAAAUGGAAGAAGUUUGGAACCGCCAAGAAUCUUCCUAAAACUGGCCGCCCGGCCAAACUGAGCAAUCGGGGGAGAAGGGCCUUGGUCAGGGAGGUGACCAAGAAUCCGAUGUUCACUCUGACAGAGCUCUAGAGUUCCUCUGUCGAGAUGGGAGAACCUUCCAGAAGGACAACCAUUUCUGCAGCACUCCAACCAAUCAGGCCUUUAUGGUAGAGUGGCCAGACGGAAGCCACUCCUCAGUAAAAGGUACAUGACAACCCACUUGGAGUUUGCCAAAAGGCACCUAAAGACUCUCAGACCAUGAGAAACAAGAUGAUCUGGUCUGAUGAAACCAAGAUUCAACUCUUUGACCUGAAUGCAUGGUGGUGGCAGCAUCAUGCUGUGGGGGUGUUUUUCAGCAGCAGGGACUGGGAGACUAGUCAGGAUUGAGGCAAAGAUAAACAGAGCAAUGUAUAGAGAGAUCCUUGAUGAAAAGCCUGGUCCAGAGCGCUCGGGACCUCAGACUGGGGCAAAGGUUCACCUUCCAACAGGACAACGACCCUAAGCACACAGCCAAGACAAUGCAGGAGUGGCUUCGGGACAAGUCUCUGAAUGUCCUUGAGUGACCCAGCCAGGGCCCGGACUUGAACCUGAUCGAACAUCUCUGGAGAGACCUGAAAAUAGCUGUGCAGCAACGCUCCCCAUCUAACCUGACAGAGCUUGAGAGCAUCUGCAGAGAAGAAUGGGAGAAACUCCCCAAAUACAGGGGUGCCAAGCUGAAGAAGACUCAAGGUUGUAAUUGCUGCUAAAGGUGCUUCAACAAAGUACUGAGUGAAAGGCCUGAAUACUUAUGUAAAUGUGAUAUUUAAUUAAUGUACCUUAUGUGCACAUCUGACUCUAGAUACCGCAAUGGUGUAUGCACGUGCAGGGAGAUGGUACACAGUACACACACAUACAAACACACACACACUGCGAAAGCACACAUGGUGAACUCUUCUUAUCUUUACGUGUCACCCAGACACCCAGAACAUACUGCGCUGCCAACACAGAGGACCUAGAGGCUGUCAUCGAACACAUCCAGAGGACAAAUGAGGAUGCCCCUCUCAUGGCUGCUGGGGUCUCCAUGGGCGGGUAGGUGCCUCUUCAUGCGUUCUCACUUCAAUGGACAGUGACACUAUACACUGUGGGCCAAAUCCCAAGCGCAUGCAUAACUCAGACUUCUGCAUAAAUCAUGUAUUGAUGUAGCUUAUUGAGGUCAACAGGAUCUGUAUGGAGCAAUACUGUACUACAGUAUCACUUCACUGAACUGUGGGAGUCAGUCUGAAGCGAGUAUGUUUUAUGUAGAGACUAGAGAGCGCACUUGGUCAUCCUUAGGUUUUUAAUGAUAUUCAAAAAAGGUCAACGCUCACAAGCAGAAAUGAUGUCAUGGGUUGGUUAUGUAUUUUUAGAUUUUGCAGCCUCAUGCUUUCCCGCUGUCAGAAACAAUACUUUUCAUUUAAUUCAGAGAGCUCAGCCUCUCAGUAGUACUUACACCAUGUGAAAAGAGGUAUUCAAGCUAUAAUCUCCUAGCUAAAUGCGGAUUGAUUAAAAAUGUAACAUUUCACAAUCCUCCUCUGCUCACCCCUCUCCCUUCUCCCCGCAACCCUCUCCCCCUCUUUUGAACCCCAGGAUGAUGCUGGCAAACUACCUGGGGAAGAAGGGCAGGGAGACGUGUCUGAAGGGUGUGGUGGUGUUCUCGGCAGGCUGGGAUGUGUUUGCGUGUACAGCGUCGCUGGAGAAGCCUCUGGACCGCUUCCUCUUUAACUCUUACCUCACCAGCUGCCUGCAGGCAGGCGUGGACAGGUGGGUGGGGGCCAGAGGAGGCUGGAGCCUGGGCUGGGGGAUUAGCCUUUCUUAGCUGUUAUUUGCACUGGGCUACAUUGUUUUGCUUUUAGCGGUUAACGCCUGAUCCCUAAGGUUUGUGGAGGGUGUGAACUAGCUUGGCCACAAGCCUCUCCCUCUCUCUCUUUCUAUCCCUCUCUCUCUCUCCCCUCUCUCUCUCCUCUCUCGCUCUCACUCUUGCUGCCCUCCCUCUCACUCUCUCCUCACGCUCUCCGCUCUCUCUAUCUCUCUCCGCUAUCUCUCUCUGGGGAUCCUGGACAUAUUUUCUACUCUGUACUUUACUCUCAGGCCCCAAUCAUAUCACGAACAUUGCCACUGGAUAUUAAAGCAAACCCCCAUGCUUCCCCAUGAUCCCCAUUGAAGCAAACCUACUUCCCCAUGUUCUCCAUUGAAUCAAACCUACUUCCCCAUGUUCCCCAUUGAAGCAAACUUGCUUCCUCAUGUUUUUCUCUCCUCUAGACACAAAUCUGUCCUUGAGAAGAGUUACGACAUUGAUCAUGUGAUGAAGGUAAAAUGCACCUCCUUUUUAAUGCUCCUGUAAAUCGAAUCAAAGUAAAAGAAAACAAUCUAUUCUAGUCUCGUCCUUAUGGCCCUCUUGGACUGCUGCCAACAUUGUUUAUUCCAACCCCCAUGCAGGCCAAGACCAUCCGUGAGUUUGAUGAGAGGUUCACGUCUAUUAUGUUUGGCUACCCCACCAACGAUGACUACUACCACGAUGCCAGUCCCAUCCACAAGCUCAAGUCUGUGCAGGUGCCAAUGUUGUGUCUGAACGCUGCAGACGACGUCUUCUCCCCCUGUCAUGGUGAAUCCACAAUCACACCCCACCACUGGGCCUCCAUGUUGGUUACAUAGCCGAUGAGCAAGGCCUAUACGGAAAGACGAUGCAGGCAAAUACACAAUGAGUGUUGAUGUAAAACAGUGGUUCUCAAACUUUUUGGGGUCGGGCACCCCUUUUGUGAUAGAAAAUUAAUCAGGGACCCCCUCAAAAUCAGAACACAAAUUCAAGUGAGAUACAAGGAGUUCUACUAUGACUUUGUCAGUGCAUGGCUGGAUGAACCAAGUCUCGGGCCCUGGGAAGGCACAUUUUAUUGAAGGCACACAUUUUGCCAUGAGCUAGAGAGAACUUUGCAAUUUUAAAGAUUAAAUUGCAGUGUAUUUACAGUGCCUUCAGAAAAUAUUCACACCUCUUUACUUUUUCCACAUUUUGUUGUGUUACAGCCUGAAUGUAAAAUGGAUUCAAUUGAGAUUUUGUGUCACUGACCUACACACAAUACCCUAUAAUGUCAAAAUGGAAUUAUGUUUUUAGAAUUUUUUACAAAUUCUUACAAAUUAAAAGCUGAAAUGUCUUGAGCCAAUAAGUAUUCAACCCCUUUGUUAUGGCAAGCCUAAAUAAGUUCAGGAGUAAAAAUGUGCCUAAAAAGUCACAUAAUAAGUCACAAUUAUUUGUAAGGUCCCUCAGUUACUCCACAAUACUAACCUAAAUGACAGAGUGAAAAGAAGGAAGCCUGUACAGAAUAAAACAUAUUCUAAAACAUGCAUCCUGUUUGCAAUAAGGCCCUAAAGUAAAACUGCAAAAAAUGUGGCAAAGAAAUUAACUUUAUGUCCUGAAUACAAAGCGUUAUGUUUGGGGCAAGUCCAACACAACACAUCACUGAGUACCACUCUUCAUAUUUUCAGGCAUGGUGGUGGCUGCAUCAUGUUAUGGGUAUGCUUGUCAUUGGCAAGGACUAGGGAGUUUUUGGGGAUAAAAAUAAACGGAAUAGAGCUAAGCACAGGCAAAAUCCUAGAGGAAUACCUGGUUCAGUCUGCUUUCCAACAGACACUGGAAGACAAAUUCACCUUUCAGCAGGACAAUAACCUAAAACACAAGGCCAAAUAUACACUGGAAUUGCUUACCAAGAUGAUGAAUGUUCCUGAGUGGCCUAGUUACAAUUUUGACUUAAAUCGGUUUGAAAAUCUAUGGCAAGACUUGAAAAUGGCUGUCUAGCAAUGAUCAACAACCAACUUGACAGAGCUUGAAGAAUUUUGAAAAGAAUAAUGUGCAAAUAUUGCACAAUCCAGGUGUGAAAAGCUCUUAGAGACUUACCUAGAAAGACUUACAGCUGUAAUCACUGCCAAAGGUGAUUCUAACAUGUAUUGACUCAGGGGUGUGAAUACUUAUGUAAAUGUGAUAUUUAUUUAAUUCAUUUUCAAUAAAUGUGCAAACCUUUCUAAAAACAUGUUUUAACUUUGCCAUUAUGGGGUAUUGUGUGUAGAUUGGUGAGUAAAAAUAUAAAUGUAAUCAAUUUUGAAUUCAGGCUGUAACACAACAACAUGUGGAAUAAUUAAAAGCGUAUGAAUACUUUCAGAAGGCACUGUAUGUUUAAAAAAAAAACAUUUUGGGCAAUACAAGAAGUAUUGAACUGAAAUGGAUAAUUGACCCUUAGCUAAGCCACAUCCCCCUUGGUUACUGUUGCAACCUCAGACAACAUUUUCCCAGGAAGCCCAAUUCCCCAUUUAACCACUGGUGAAAUCCGCUCACAAUGAUCUCAAACUGUGUUUCUAGUACACAAUCAAAUUAAACACAGACUACCCCUUGCUAAUCAGGAAGCUCUUGGGUAUGUUGUGGUGGACUGUCAUUACAAUUGCUUUACAGGAACCUGAUAAAAUUAUGUUUGUAGUGUAGCUAGCCUCUGAAUUACUCUGAAUUCACUGUCAGCAUGCAGUCAAAGCUAUAAUCACUUUUGGAGCUAACUAGUGCUCUCAAAUCAUAUCCUGAUGUCGACAGCAGAUGGGAGCUAAGUAUUCAUAACAUUGCUAACUUAGCUAGCUAACAUACAUUUAGAGAAAACAAGUUAUAUCAAGUGGCUGGCUAGCUAGCUAGCAUUAGCAACGUUUGGUGGUCAAUGAGACUAGCAAACAAUGUAACAAAAAUAUAAUUUAGGAUUUGAAAAAUUAGCCAUCAACAGGCUCUGCAUUUCAGGAAUCACAGUAGCAAUUACUCCUGGUGCACUGUUAAAUUAUUUAGACAUUUAAACAUUCUUGUCCGAGGUGUCGGACUCAACUACAGUUGCUAUCCGUUGGAGCGCUGCGACUGGUUGCCCAAAAUUCGGAGGUGGGGCUUAGCGAAUGGUCAAUUGGUGGAGUAAUGUGGAUACCAUAGAAAUAGAAUAAAGGUUUCUUUUUUUCUUCAUUCUAUUUCUUUGGUGGAUACCAAUAUCCCUGUGAGCCUCCCAGGCCCAUGUUGCCCAGGGUUAAGAACAUAAAUUGAAGAUUAAUAAUAUUACAUUGUAUUACACCCUCUAAACUUAUUCCACGGACCCUUGGCCAAAAUUAGUUUAAUCUGUUGUUAGUAUUAUUCAUUUAAAAAAUGAAUUAUAAUUUUGUGUAUUAUAAUUGUGUUAUAUCUAGCCUCUGACUCCCUUUGCAGUACCACCUUUGAGAACCCUUGAUGUAGAAGACUGUACAUUUCUUGUAAUGCCCUAAUGUGUACGUGCAUAUAGUAUUUCUGUGUGGUUUUGGAAGUCAAAUCUCCAACCUACUGUAUAGUGCUUGGUGUAUGUAUCCUUUGCUUGACUGCUAGAUUAUUAACAAUGUGUUUUGUCUCUUCUCCUCCUCAGCCAUUCCAGUGGAGGCAGUGAAGCAGAACCCUAACCUAGCCCUUCUCAUUACCUGCCACGGGGGCCAUAUUGGUUUCCUGGAGGGCCUGUGGCCCCGACGGAGUACCUACAUGGACCGCGUGUUCAAGCAGUUUGCCAAGGCCGUCAUAGAACAGGGUGGUGACCUCAAUGACCUUUCCAGC